AUGACUCUUUCGCAAUCCGGCGUGCGACCCCCAGUCGCAACCGCCGCGCUACACUCACCGUCCGCCAAAUCCGCCGUACGCGCCACGUCAGCCACAUCCACGUCGUCUGCGAACGUGUGCGCAGUCAGCGCGGCGGCAGUCCCUAAGCCGCUCGAAUUGCUCGAGGUGUCUGGCUGCCCGUUCGAGCGCGGCUGUGCGAUCGGUGUGCGAUUCGGCGACAAGAUCCGCGACCGCGUCGCCAAGGCUCCGUUCCUGCACGACGGCAUGAUUCCGUUCACACGGACGGGCGAGGGAGCUCGGCUGCUGGAAAUGUUUUCCGAGUCUAACAAGACGCUGUACCCAGAGUACUGGGAGGAGCUGCGAGGCAUGGCGGCCGGCAGCUGCGUUCCCUUUGAAGAGGUGAGUGAGCUCAUUGCUGCCGCUGUCUUCCCCGUCACGCCCACUCACUCUGUUCCCUGCCCUCUGCUGCUUCUGAACCUUCGCAAGGAGUUCGGACCCUUCCUGCCCUCCCUCAACGCGCCUGCCACGUCAGCAGUGCUGCCAGAGUCCGCUUCGCCAGCUGUGACAGGAUCUGGUGAUUCUGGUGCUGCUGCUGCCACGUUGGACAGGGCGCUGCAGUAUGGCAUGGCGUCUGACGACUGCUCUGACGUGUUACUGCUCACGGAUGACGUGGCAGCAGUGGCACACAACGAGGAUGCGGACUACUCAAUGGUGGAUAACACGUGA